GCUUUAAGGGACUACAUGGGUUUCUUCGUGCGCACACUACCGCAACAUCAUCCACAAAUGAAUCCCAUAAGCGACGAUGCAGCGCCAAUUCUACGACCGCUUGCGCCCACUUUACAGAAAAUCGCCUGCGAAGAGCUGAAUGAGGUGCCCAAUCGUGUGGCGGACGAUGUGCUGGCGCUGCGUCAAUGGAUACACAAACAACCGCAUUUGUGUGCGCGCACCAAUGAUCAGUUUCUCGUCGGCUUUCUGCGCGGCUCCAAGAAUAGUUUGGAGAAGGCGAAGCAGAAAAUCGAUCGUUACUACACAUUGAAGGCGGCCUUGCCGGAGGUGUUCAAUGAGCGACGACAGGUGGACGAUCCGCUAGUGAUGGAAAUUGUACGCCUAGGCAUCAUCUUACAGAUACCGCUGCCCGCAGACUACCAUGGCCCCUGCAUAACGAUCAUACGCGCAUGCUCGUACGACACCACCAAAUAUAAAUUCGCCGAUAUUAUACGCGUCGGUUCGAUGUUUGGCGAAAUUAUGACAAUCGAGGAUGACAAUUCCACAGUUAGCGGCUAUAUUGAGAUUAUGGAUAUGUGUAAUGUGAGUGGUCAGCAUUUUCUACAAUUGAAACCGGAUUUGCUGCGCAAGUUCUCCACGUUCGCUGAGGAGGCAAUGCCAAUGCGUCAACGGGGCACACAUUUUAUUAAUGUACCGUCGGCGUUCGAGAAGGGCUUCCGGACACUAAGCACUUUCUUUCCGGAGAAAAUGCUCAGUCGGAUUUCAGUCAACUCCAAUCCCGAAGCGUUGUUCGACUUCGUGCCACGCGAACAUUUGCCGCAGGAGUAUGGCGGUGAGAAUGGCACCAUAGCCGAUAUUGUGGAGCGCAUGGAAGCGAAAUUGUUGCGUUAUCGCGACUACUUUUUGCUGGAACCGGAAUUCGGCACUAAUGAGAAGUUGCGCGAGGGCGCGCUCUAUAAUUAUGAGAACAUUUUCGGGCUGGAGGGUUCAUUCCGUAAAUUAGAAGUCGAUUAGCCACAAGCUACUUUUAUUCUUUUUUGUAGCUUUUCUUUGAUAUUUGCUGUUUUUACAUACUUAAAAAAUAUAAAUUUAUAUUUAGUAGCGUUUAUGAUGGAUAUUUACAGUGAUUGUCUGUAUAAGUUAUUGAUAUUUAAGUGAAUUAAAGUAACAAUCGUAUCAAGAUAAAAAAAUGUAGAGCAGAAUUGAUCGAAAAAUUUAAUAAAAAAAAUUAGCGAAAUUAUAAAAAAUGUAUGUAUUAGCUUAAAAAAAUUAUGAAAUGUUUUCAUAGUUUUGAAAAUUACUAAACAAUAUAAAUUAUAAGAAACAA